UUAAAUUCCCAGAGGUCGGAGAUGUCAAGCAGUCCGGGGGACGAGGGGAGAAAGCCUGAGCUGCUCAGAAGCAACUGGCUGGAGCUGCUGCUGGGAACGCUAACAGAGCGCUUGUUGCAACCGACUCUUCAGCAUCAGAGCAGGUAGAACCUCACAAUGAAGGUGGCAGUGCUUUGUUUGUGCCUUAUCAGCAUCACCGUUGCAUGGCCAGUGAGUAAAUCCAAGCAGCAUGCCGUUUCUGCCAGCUCUGAAGAAAAAUAUGACUCCAGGGGCCAUCAUUCGCACAGACAUCACCACCGCCACGUGAAUUCUCACUCUCAGGAGAGUCUGCUGCAUCCACGAGAUGACCUGGCAUCACCUCAGCAGACUCUCCGUUCUUCAGAAGAAAAAGCUGUUGUCCCCGUAGGACUGCGCUUUACGGACGUGACAAGCAAGAGCCAUGAAGACCCAGAUGACGAUGUAGAUGAUAACGAUUCCGACGACACAGAUGAAUCUGAUGAGGUUGUCACGAAUUUCCCCACCGAUACGCCCGUAACCGCACCCUUCCCUCCCUACCCUUUCACCCGGGGAGACAACGCGGGCAGAGGCGACAGCGUGGCAUACAGAAUUAAGGCAAAAGCCUUGGUGGUGAAGCCCAGCAAGCUCCACAAAGCUGCAAGAAAGCUGAUAGUACACGAUGCCACCGAGGAGGACGAGAGCGCCCUGGCCGCGGACAGCCGCCAAGCGGGGCUCUCCCGGGAGGACCUGGGGGCACACCGCUCCGCCGGGAAGUACGCCGACAGCGGGGAAUGGCGGGACAAGAGCCGCGGGCAGGACAGCGACGAGGUGGUCCGCAAAGUGCCCGACCGCAGCCUGGAGAACGACAGCCGGCAGAAACUCGACAGCCUUGAGGCCGAGGUGGGGGACAGCCGAUGA